UCCUCCCAGACGGUCGAUUCGUCCUCGCCUAACCGAUUAGUCCCUCGAACAGCCGUCCAGAGCCUGAACUCGCCGACUCGUUGAUCAUGGGACCGGUCGUUUUACUGUUGGCAGGCCUGAUCUCGGGGGCCCUGGCGAAACCUGGCAUCCUAUCUGGACAGCUAAUCGCUACUCUGACACCUGGUCCAUCGGUCGGGGCAGACGGCAGGGUGCUAGACACGCCGGAAGUCGCUGUGGCCAGGGCUGAACACGCGGCUGCGCAUAUCAACGAGAGGCUGAAGCUGGCCGACGAGGCUGCCAGGUCCUCCGAUGGGAAUCUGGCUCUGGUGAAGCAAUCGUCGCUGCUCCUUGCUUCACCGAGGAUCUUGGUACCUGGAGCACCCAUCGGGCCGGAUGGCAGGGUCCUGGACACGCCGGAAGUCGCUGUUGCCAGGGCUGCUCAUGCUGCGGCGCAGGUCAACGAGAGGAUCAACUUGGCUAAUGAGGCUGCCAGGUCUGCUGCUGCGGAUUUGAAUAGACAAGUGGUACCAGUGGUUACCAACGGAAUCCUGAUCCGUGGAGCCACGAUAGGCCCAGAUGGAAGGGUGCAGGACACACAGGAAGUGGCAGCCGCCAGGGCAGCCCACGCAGCAGCACAAAUCAACGAGAGGAUCAAUUUAGCCAACGAAGCAGUCAGAUCUGGCGCUAUAGUAACUGGACCAUCACUGGCCGUUCCUCUGGUGGUCCCCCGGGCACCCAUUGGUCCCGAUGGGAGGGUGCAAGAUACACCGGAAGUGGCUGUGGCGAAAGCUGCCCACGCAACCGCCCAUUUGAACGAGAAACUGAACCUCGCCACGGAAUCAGCCAAGUCUGCUGAUGUUUUGGCUGUCGCUGGCCCCGCGUUCGCUUAUGGAAGACUCGUUUAUUAAAUAUCAGAGAAUCGAUAGUCGAUUAGUAGGUUAUCUUUAGCUGAAGAUGUUUGGUAAUUUGGAUUGCUGAUCCAAGAGCAAUAACUUCGGGAGAUGCGAGACAGUUUGAGGAUGUUUGAAGCAACAUUCUCGAUCACUCCAUUCCUUCGACCCGAAAUUUCGAUAAAUGUAGUUCAGAGAUGCUUGAUUAAACUGCCACAUG